UUUUGUUAACGCAGUUGUGCUUAAAGCAGAGCACAGCAGAGGGUGUGACGGAAAGGAAGAAAUAAUCGAGGGGGAGGCACAAAAAGAAAAGAAAAUGGCACUAAAGCUUUUGAAGUUUCCCAUAUCACGCUGUUGUAGUAGAAGCACUACUUCUUCUACUUGUAUUAGUUCAACUAGUUGUGGUACUACCUUCUUUUUCUUCUCCAAAUCUUCCACCAACACCCCACUGCUAUCUGUGAGAUGGCACAAGGCCCACAUGCAUUUUCCCAUUAGAAGCUUUGUCACUGCUAAUAAAUCAGGAAAGGUACAACUGAAGAAGAAGAAAAAGCGACUAGAUGAGAUAUGUCUCGAAAGGUUUCAGCAAUACAGCCGAACCUUCAUACAAUCAUGGAUCCUGCAAGGCAAAGUGUUUGUGGAUGGAAAACUGGUGAACAAAGCUGGGACCCCUGUCUCUGAUGAAGCUGUAGUGGAGAUCUUGGCUGAAGUUCCAAAAUAUGUAUGUAGAGCAGGAUAUAAGUUAGAGGCUGCGAUCGAACAACUAAGUGUGGAUGUGACUGGAAAAGUAGCUCUAGAUUCGGGAUUGUCCACUGGAGGGUUUACUGACUGCUUACUUCAAUACGGUGCUUCAUUUGUUUAUGGAGUUGAUGUUGGAUAUGGACAGGUUGCAGACAAAAUUCGUCGUGAUGAACGCGUGAGUGUUGUAGAACGGACAAAUUUGAGAUAUCUUCCUGGACUUCCACAGAAAGUUGACUUGGUGACAUUGGACCUUUCAUUCAUUUCUAUACUUUUGGUCAUGCCUGCUGUGGUCAAUGUAAUGAAGGAAGAAGCUACAUUGGUUACUCUGGUUAAACCCCAAUUUGAGGCUCGCAGAUCUCAAGUGGGAAAAGGUGGAAUCGUAAGAGAUCCCUUAGUCCAUCAAGAGGUUCGUGAGAAGAUCAUAAAUGGUGUGGAAAAUUAUGGGUUCAGCUGCAACGGGUGGAUUGAGUCCCCCUUGAAGGGUGCUGAGGGAAAUAUCGAAUUUCUGGUUUGUUUUGCCCGAACAGCUGACAAAAUUGUAAACCAACAAGUCCCACAGGAAAGCAGAUAAACAUUGAGUAAAUUCCAGAACCAGAAUGUUAUCGGGCAAGAAUGCAGAAAAUCAUUUGCAAAAAACUUGCAUUUUCUUACAAAAAGAGCGUGGUUAUGUGUUAUGUAUUUUAUUUUUUUUUUAAAUAUGCUUUCUGGCAAGAGGUUGUAAAGGAAAUGGCUUCUUGUGAAUUCUUCAAAGUUCAAAUGUAGUUACUUCUUGAUGAUUAUGAAAUAACUUAUCGAGUUUUCAA